CCACGACUCAACUCUUGAGUCGUCGCCAGCGUCCCACCAGGCUCAUGGACCACCAACCAUGACGCCUCUUUGAUUCCUGUUUCGUAACGAUACCCAGCUUGGACUUCUUCCCUCCUCAACACGGCGUCUCCUCAUUAGUACGACCCUGAACCCUAGUUGUCUUUCAAACCAGCACUCUACUGCCCUGCAAUCACUACCGACAAACGACUCAGCCCCAAGACUCCAGACGACUUUGUACCCUCCAAAGAUCCCUCGACGACCUUCAACAACAUCUGCCAACAUCUCCUCGGGAAAGAAAUACACCAGACAAAAACCCACAUACACAAGACGACGACCGCAUUGAAACCCUCCGCAAGAUGUCGGACCUAGACGAGUACACACAUCUGCCGCUGCAGAUCGACCCCCAGACAAAGACCAUAUCCGCACACUCGUCCGCGAGUUCGCGCGCGCUCGAGGCCGAGCUCGAGCAGCUCAACAGCCUGCACCGGGCUUUACUCUCACUCGACACGCCCGCCCAGAUCCCGCCGCCCCCGGUACCCGUGAACCCCAAGCGGUCCGCCAACAUCACCAAGCUGCGCGAGUCCGGCAACGGCGAGUACCGCAAGGGCAAACACGCCGAGGCCGUCAAGUUCUACACGCUGGGGCUGCAGAUGGCCCUGCAGAGACCGGCCUGGGAGCCGCAGGGCCUGGUGAGGGAGGAGAUCAGCGCGCUGUACGCGAACCGCGCGCAGGCGCAGAUGGCGAUGCAGAACUGGCCCGAGGGCGCGGCCGACGCCGAGGCCAGCGUCGAGGCGAAGCGCGUAGGCAACUCAAAGGCCUGGUGGCGCAGGGGCAAGUGCCUCAUGGAGAUGGGCAGGCUCGAGGAGGCGGGCGAGUGGGUCGCAAAGGGCCUCGAGAUGGAAGGCGAGGAGGCGGAACUGCAGGCGCUCGGCCAGGAGAUCAAGACGAAGCUCGACGCGGCGGGUGCGAGGUAGCGGAGCGCGCGGGCGCGCGCACGUGAGGCACGGGAGAGAGAAAGGAAGGCAAGGGGAGAAGAGGGGUGACCAGGAUCAUCACCACCGGCUCAUUAAACCUGUACGUUUGCCCGGCAGAGUCUGCCUGUUGAGUCGAGCUGCCUACCCAAGGUUCCAGAGAGAACAACACGGCACCAGCUUGAGGGACACAGUCGAGAUUUUCAGCAUAAGCUAUCAUCAAAAAGUGCGGCAGAGCACUCGCGAGGGCGUGUUAGCCAGUUAGUACUUUCGCCUCGGCAUUUUCUCAGACUACAAAAGACAAAUCUGGCCUCAAGAAAAAAGGCAU